CCAGACCCCCUGCAUUCACUAUAUCUGGUCUCCCCAGACCCUACAUUCACUAUAUCUGGACCCUGCAUCCACUAUAUCUGGUCUCCCAGGACCCUGCAUCCACUAUAUCUGGUCUCCCAGGACCCUGCAUCCACUAUAUCUGGUCUCCCAGGACCCUGUAUCCACUAUAUCUGGUCUCCCAGGACCCUGUAUCCACUAUAUCUGGUCUCCCAGGACCCUGCAUUCACUAUAUCUGGUCUCCCAGGACCCUGCAUUCACUAUAUCCGGUCUCCCAGGACCCUGCAUUCACUAUAUCCGGUCUCCCAG